AUGUCUGCCUCCCUCGUUCGCUCUUCGACCGCCCGCGCCGCCCUGCGCGCCGCAGCCUCGACCGCUCGCCCAAGGGCGGCCGGACUUGCGGGAACGAGCUUUGUCCGGAACAAAGUUACCCUCCCUGAUCUUUCCUAUGACUAUGGUGCUCUGGAACCCUCCAUCUCUGGCAAGAUCAUGGAGCUGCACCACAAGGGCCACCACAACGCCUACGUCAACGGGUACAACACGGCGAUCGAGAAGUUCCAGGAGGCCCAGGCCAAGAACGACGUCGCCGCCCAGGUCGCUCUGAAGCCGCUGAUCAACUUCAACGGCGGUGGCCACCUGAACCACACGCUCUUCUGGGAGAACCUGGCCCCCAAGAGCGCCGGUGGCGGUGAGCCGCCGUCGGGCGCGCUGGGCAAGGCCAUCAACGAGACCUACGGCAGCUUCAGCGAGUUCCAGAACAAGUUCAUCGCUGCCCUGGCGGGUAUUCAGGGGAGCGGCUGGGCUUGGCUGGUCAAGGACAAGGAGACUGGCCGGAUUGGCAUUAAGACCUAUGCCAACCAAGACCCCGUCGUCGGCCAGUACGUUCCACUUCUGGGUGUUGACGCCUGGGAGCACGCAUACUACCUCCAAUACCAGAACCGCAAGGCCGAGUACUUCAAGGCUAUCUGGGAGGUCCUGAACUGGAAGGCGGCUGAGAAGCGCUUCACAGAUCUACGUAGUGAAUAUUAA